AUGGCCAGCAUUAUAGGUAGUCUCAUCGGAGGAGCAAAGCGAACCUACGACACGCUUGUAGGAAACGACUCGGACACCAAGGACGAUGAGCUUCCGAGUGAAGGCAUCAGAGCCCAGUCGAAUCACCACACAUCGUCGACGAGUGCACCACUCCUCCUCCAAACGUCUUCGCACUCGAUCCUCGCCGCACUCUGCACUAGUUGCAUCACUGAGACCCCCGGAGGAAAGGCCGCGAAGCAAAAGAGAAGAUACGCUGUCCAACAGCCACAAGAAACGCAUUGCAUCUCCGAAAGAUCAUUCAGAAACACAACCCGCUUCUCGACAAUCACACGCCCAGACAAGUUUGGCACAAGAACAAAGCACAUCACACACACAGAUUCGAGGCCAUCAGCGAGUGAGACCACCACGCACAUCGCCCAGUGCCGACGAGAGGAGAUUGUUUCAAGGAUCGUAUCCACCCAAGGCUCAACCAGGAUUACUGUACCACAGGACGAGUGGAGUUCCAGAGGGACCAUGAAAAUUAAAUCUUUUGGUAACGUCAGGCCAAGAAACACUUUGAACCAACCAAGCGCUGGCGCAGGCGCUCUGGCUACUUAUACCUCUCGUGGACAUAAUGUCUCUGCUGGGUCCAGCAAACGCCAGAAGAUAGGUCAUGAAUUUCCGGAAGACGCUGAGGACAUAUCAGAUGACGGAUGGUUCGACCGUGAUGUGCAAGGUCAAUCUCCCGUCGACGUCCGACGACAGCCGAGCGUCAUCAGUUUGAACAGCCAAGAGAACCACAGUCAAAGAUCCAAUCUCUUUGGACACGAAGAAUCCCGUGAUGCGCAUGCGAGAUUGAACAACACCAAGAGAAAGGGUCGCAAACCCAAAAUUGGAACGACACAACAUAGCUCGCCCCGUCAGCAUGGCGCUUCGACUAAUCCCGUGUCGGUUGACGAUGAUGACGAUGAUGUCCAAGUUCUCGACGAGCAGCACAACGCCCCUCGAUCUGCUUUUGACAGAACCGGCCAGUUCGCACCACCUUCACCUCCUCUAGCCCGAUUGUUCAUAAGAGAUGAUGGAAAACCCGAUCUGGGUCAAGAAAAUCACCAGGCUUCGUCAAAACUCAGGAGCAAGAUGCAGUCGGCUUCGAACACUUCCCAAACCAUACGAUCCCCACAACUUGUACAUGAAUCGAGCCCCGACGAACUGUCAUACGGGCACACAGUCCAAUCCUCGGUCCGGAAGGCAGAGAGAGCUGCCCGGUCACCAUCUCCGAACGCUAUCACUUCUACGCAUUUUACGAAACCGAACAAACGCAAGAAGCCCGAAGAAGAAGGCGGACCAAAACUCAUCGUCCACUUGUCGUCACUUCGCAUGAUGGGCGGCAGUUGGGACAAUCUAGAACUUAUCUAUUCUUCGACAGACGAGUGCAUCCAAUUCACCAAGAACGGCGAGAUGCUUCGCUACAAAGAUGCAAUAAUCCAACUCAGCAGUAAACACGCUACCACUGUAUACCACAGCUUGAAAGGCUCGAGGAUUGUCAUAUUCAAGGGAUGCAGCGGCGAUUUCUCAAGAGGUCGCAUUUGGUUCGAUUUUGAUUCGGCCAAAGACCGCAAUGCCUUUCUGGAGGCUGUCCACGAUAUGAGUCCAAGAGCGCAAUACAAGGAUUUAGACUCAGAGAGAUUCGAGCAUGUACGUGAACACUCUGAGGCGUUUGUCGUACCAGUAGCCGCGACGACCGAUCCUGAAUUAGCAGCUAUGCUCCAUCGUCAAGGCAAACCUGGCAUCCGAGAACGCACCUUGGCGGCACAGAGCGGAUCUCCGCUUCCUGAGGCCUCCAGUCAAGUACCUCGCCAUCGCCAGAUGAGGUCUACUUAUACCAACCAGCCUGUCGCGAAAGCAGCACAAGAUCACUCUUUGCCGCCGCCCAAAUCUCGAACCGAACAAGUCACGCCCCUGAGAUCCAGUGGAAGACUUCGGAGCAAAGACAGUGGUAAAGCCGCGCAACCCGCCGAACCCGAGGUUGAGCGGUGGACCGUAAAACACGGUAUCCCAAAGUGGGAUGCUCCACUGGUAUACCCUGCUGAGGGACCGAACCGGACCACUAUUGACGCUGAAGACAUUGCACGACUGGACGAUGGCGAGCUUCUCAACGACAACAUCAUCUUGUUCUGCCUCCGAGAGAUGCAAGAGAAGAAUCCAGGGUUGAAGGGCAAGGCUCACAUAUUCAACUCGUUCUUUUACGAGACUCUCACCAGCAUGCCGUCGAAAAAGAAAGGGUUCAAUUAUGAAGGUGUAAAGCGCUGGACCAGAAACAUUGAUUUGUUCAGUCAUCCGUACGUCGCGGUCCCAAUCAACACUCAGUAUCACUGGUUCCUGGUCAUCAUCUGCAAUCUCGACAAGCUUGAACGAAAACUGAAUCUGGAUGGCCUGGAUGAGGAACAAGAAGAACCUGAAGCCGGACGACAACCAACCGUCCUAGAGUCCACCCAAUCUGAGACAACAGCGCAGAACGAGAUUGAGAUCCCUGAAUCUCCUCCAGACGUUAAGGACGAAGGUUUGUCACAGGGUGUGAAACGCAUUUCUCUGGAUGGUUCACAGGAACAGGAGGAUGAGCUACCUCCCCUUGGCAAGCUGAAGCCAACUACGCGCAAGGGCAAAAAGCAGGCACCUCCAUUACCCAAGACGGACCCCAAUACACCUGCUCUCAUCCUCCUCGAUUCCUUAGGCGGCACUCACCCUCAGGAGAUCAAGAAUCUGAAGCAAUACGUCGUCCACGAAGGUCGCGACAAACGAGGUCUGGAAUUCGAGUAUACCGCACUCAAAGGACUGACAGCUCGUGGUCUACCUCAGCAAACGAACUUUUGCGACUGCGGUGUCUAUCUGAUCGGAUACAUGGAAGCUUUCGUCCGCGACCCUGCGGAGUUUGUUCGCAAAGUAAUGUCUCGCGAGCUCGAUCGCGACAACGACUUUGCCGAUUUCGAUCCUGCAAAGAAGCGAGCAGAGAUACGCGAGAAGUUGAUCAAGCUCGAGAUAGAGCAGAGCGCCGCCAAGAAACAGAGGAAGAAGGAGAAAGCACGUCUUCUCAAAUUGGCCGAUCAAGACAAUGGUUCCGUUAGUCCAGCGCCACCAGCUGUGCAGAGGAGCUCACCUCUCAAACCUGCGGUGGCGUAUGCAGACUCUAGGAUGGUCCAGAGCUCGCCUGUGAAGCCGCCGGUACAGAAGACCAGCCUUCGCAAGCCAGUCGCUUACCUGAGAUCAAGGUCAAGAUCACCGACCCGUACACUUCCAUCAAUUGAAGAGCGCCUCGCCCUGGACGAGAUGUUGUUUGGCGAUGAGGACGGUAGUCCUGAUGAGCUCGGCGAAGGUACUCAACCUCACAACAGUGAGAAUUACAGUCAUCUCGCCGAGGACGACAAGGACACCAACGAUCAGCCCAGCACCAUCAGCUACCCGCAAGGCUUUGUGAAUGAGCUUCUCCAAGUCGUUGAAGAAGCUUCAGAGGCGAAAGAUUAG